AUGGCUGUUAAACUAGAUAUGGCCAAAGCGUAUGAUCGUGUAGAGUGGUUUUAUAUCCAAAAAUUACUUCUUAAAAUGGACCUUCACGAGAAUUUUGUCACUUGGAUGAUGAAAUGUGUUACUAUUCCGACAUAUAGGUUUAAAAUUAAUGGGGAUAUAGCAGGAGAGGUGAAACCUACUAGAGGAUUAAGGCAAGGGGAUCCUCUAUCUCCUUAUUUGAUCUUACUAUGUGCGGAAGGUCUUUCAAGAAUUCUAAAUCAAGCAGAAGUACUAGGGGAUAUACAAAGUUUACGUUUAAUCAGAGGUGGACCUACAGUUAACCAUAUAUUUUUCGCUGAUGAUUCAUUUAUUUUUUGUAAUGCAAAUGCUCAGAAUGCCGCUAAAAUAUCUGAAAUUUUAAGAACUUUUGAAGAAUGUUUGGGUCAAAGGGUUAAUUUUGCCAAGUCUGCUAUAUUCUUUAGUAAAAAUACUUCUGAACUUGAGAAAGAUGAAAUUAUUGUGGAACUAGGACGAUUACAAAGAAAUAACUUAGGGUCAUACUUGGGCUUACCUGCAGUAGUUGGACGAUUGAAGAAAAAACUGUUAGAUUUUAUUAAAGAUAGAGUGAAGGCUAAAAUAAAAGAUUGGAAAAAUAAUUUUUUAAACCCUGCAGGAAAGAAGUGA